AUGGACUUCAUUGCCUACCAGAGAACUCUGCAGUCAUUUCUUCUUUCCUUUCUUACCACAGAGCAUUCUGCUCCAGCCAAGGUGGUAAGGGCUGCGGCUCCCAAGCAACGCAAAGGCAGCAAGGUCGGUGACUUUGGAGAUGCAAUCAACUGGCCCACACCUGGAGAGAUAGCCCACAAAAGUGUGCAGCCACAGACCCACAAACCUCAGCCGACUCGUAAGCUGCCUCCAAAGAAGGACAUGAAAGAACAGGAGAAAGGAGAGGGGAGCGAUAGUAAGGAGAGCCCCAAAACCAAGUCAGACGAAUCAGGAGAGGAAAAGAAUGGGGAUGAAGACUGCCAGCGAGGUGGACAGAAGAAGAAAGGGAACAAACACAAGUGGGUUCCAUUGCAAAUAGACAUGAAGCCUGAAGUACCCAGAGAGAAAUUGGCCUCGCGCCCCACUCGCCCACAGGAGCCGAGACACACAUCUGCUAACCGUGGGGAGAUGAAAGGGUCUGAGCCUGCCACCUACAUGCCUGUGUCUGUGGCCCCCCCCACCCCAGCCUGGCAACCAGAGACCAAACCGGAGCCUGCCUGGCACGACCAGGAUGAGACAUCGAGUGUGAAGAGUGAUGGGGCUGGUGGGGCGCGGGCUUCCUUCCGUGGCCGUGGACGGGGGCGUGGUCGUGGACGGGGACGUGGACGGGGUGGCACUCGAACCCAUUUUGACUACCAGUUUGGCUACCGAAAAUUUGAUGGUACUGAGGGGCCUCGUACCCCCAAGUACAUGAACAACAUCACCUACUACUUUGACAAUGUCAGUAGUACUGAGCUUUACAGUGUGGACCAGGAGUUACUCAAAGACUACAUCAAACGCCAGAUUGAAUACUACUUCAGCGUGGACAAUUUAGAGCGAGACUUCUUCCUGAGACGGAAAAUGGAUGCUGAUGGUUUCCUUCCCAUCACUCUUAUUGCUUCCUUCCACCGUGUGCAGGCCCUAACCACUGACAUUUCACUCAUCUUUGCGGCCCUAAAGGACAGCAAGGUGGUGGAGAUUGUUGAUGAGAAAGUCCGUAGGAGGGAAGAGCCUGAGAAGUGGCCUCUGCCUGGUCCUCCAAUCGUAGAUUAUUCACAGACUGAUUUCUCUCAGCUUCUCAACUGCCCUGAGUUUGUUCCCCGCCAGCACUACCAAAAGGAAACAGAGUCAGCUCCUGGCUCUCCCCGUGCUGUCACCCCGGUGCCAACCAAAACAGAGGAGGUCAGCAACCUGAAGACGCUACCCAAGGGCUUGUCUGCUAGCUUGCCUGACCUGGAUUCUGAGAACUGGAUUGAAGUGAAGAAAAGGCCUCGACCUUCCCCAGCACGACCCAGGAAGUCAGAGGAGCCCAGACUCGCCCACCCAACCUCUUUGCCUCAGCAGCUUCUCUCCCAGCAGCUGAUGGCUAAGGACCAGGAUGAGCAAGAAGAACUCGAUUUCCUAUUCGAUGAAGAGAUGGAACAGAUGGAUGGACGAAAGAAUACCUUCACUGCCUGGUCUGAUGAGGACUCUGACUAUGAGAUUGAUGACCGGGAUGUCAACAAGAUCCUCAUUGUUACCCAGACACCACCAUACAUGCGCCGGCACCCUGGUGGGGACCGCACAGGCAACCAUACCUCUCGGGCCAAGAUGAGUGCUGAGCUGGCCAAAGUCAUUAAUGAUGGGCUCUUCUACUAUGAGCAGGACCUGUGGACUGAGAAGUUUGAACCUGAGUAUUCCCAGAUUAAGCAAGAAGUUGAAAACUUUAAGAAAGUCAACAUGAUCAGCCGGGAGCAGUUUGACACCCUGACUCCUGAGCCCCCUGUGGACCCCAACCAGGAGGUUCCUCCUGGUCCGCCCCGGUUCCAGCAAGUUCCCACUGAUGCACUGGCCAACAAACUGUUUGGUGCUCCUGAGCCCUCCACCAUUGCCCGUUCUCUACCAACCACUGUCCCAGAGUCACCAAACUACCGCAAUGCCAGGACUCCCCGCACGCCCCGGACCCCACAGCUCAAAGACUCAAGCCAGACUUCGCGAUUUUACCCAGUGGUAAAAGAAGGACGGACACUGGAUGCCAAGAUGCCUCGAAAAAGGAAGACAAGGCACAGCUCGAACCCACCUUUGGAGAGCCAUGUGGGCUGGGUGAUGGAUUCCCGGGAGCACAGGCCGAGGACGGCGUCUAUUAGUUCCAGCCCCUCAGAAGGGACACCUGCAGUUGGUAGCUAUGGCUGUACCCCUCAGUCACUGCCCAAGUUCCAGCAUCCUUCCCAUGAGCUGCUCAAGGAAAAUGGCUUCACACAACAUGUCUACCAUAAGUAUCGUAGGCGCUGCCUUAACGAACGAAAGCGCUUGGGCAUUGGCCAGUCUCAGGAGAUGAACACACUCUUCCGCUUCUGGUCCUUCUUCCUCCGAGAUCACUUCAACAAAAAGAUGUACGAGGAGUUCAAACAGCUGGCUCUGGAGGAUGCCAAAGAAGGCUACAGAUAUGGUUUGGAGUGCCUUUUUCGAUACUACAGUUACGGCCUAGAAAAAAAGUUUCGGUUGGACAUAUUCAAGGACUUUCAGGAGGAAACCGUGAAGGACUAUGAAGCUGGCCAGCUCUAUGGACUGGAGAAGUUCUGGGCUUUCCUAAAAUAUUCCAAAGCCAAAAAUUUGGACAUUGACCCCAAACUGCAAGAAUACCUCGGCAAAUUCAGACGGCUAGAAGACUUCCGAGUGGAUCCUCCUAUGGGUGAAGAGGGCAACCACAAGCGACACCCCGUGGUAGCAGGCGGCGGCGGCGGCGAGAGCAGGAAGCGGUGCCCCUCGCAGUCUUCCAGCAGGCCUGCAUCUAUGAUCAGCCAACCCCUUCUACCACCUACUGGCCAGCCUGUCCGGGAAGAUGCCAAAUGGACAAGCCAGCACUCGGACACUCAGACUUUGGGAAAGUGAAAAGCCCCUAGCCCUGGGGUUUUGGGGGGAGACGGGGUGGGGUGGGCGAAGGUCUGUGGGGGUGCCCAGUCCCAGGAGAGGGGACAGAGAAAGGGACAGGCCUGGAGUUAUUUGGAUGGGCCUUUAUGCUGAGUAACGGUGUAUCCACCAUUCUGGCUCUUAGAGGUACCCCUGGGCAGGAGCCUCCACACACCCCUUCAUUCCCUCCUCUCUCCAUGACCUUUCCAUCUGAGCUUCUUCUAAGGGGGGAGGGAAAGGGGGGAGAUUUUUUAUAUAUAUAUACAUAUAUAUAUAUAUAUCAAGUUUUAAAUUAUUGAUAGUUUGUCUGGAUUACCAAAAUCACUUUUCAGCCCUGCCCAUGGCUGAGAGGCCGCAACCCUGGUCCCCACUCACAGCUUCCUCUUGCUCCCCCUCAAGCCAACUAUGCAGCCCACCAGAAGGCCCCACGGGGCCUCGUCACCCAGUACUGUCCCACGGAAGGCUCUGACAGUGCCCCUGCGCCCCAGAAGCACCGUCCCCACGAUCAUCAGGGGCUUGCCAUCAUCCUGUUCUCUCCCUCCUGUCCCCACUCUACACCCUUCUGCCACCUUCUGGGGAAGAAGGAAACCAAAGGAUCUAAAAGUGGGGGCUGGGAAGGCCUCAGCCUCCCCCCCUUCCCCCCUCCCCCUGCUCCCUUUACUCCCCAGCCCAGAGAGACGUUGCUCAUACCAGAAAAGACUAUUGAAAGAUGAUUUAUUUUAUUUUUCUCUGACCUUUUCCAUUUUUGAGAAAAAUGGGGAAAAAAAAAUCGACCAUUUAAAAAAAAAAAAGAAAAGAAAAAAAAACACAAAAAAGUCAGAAAACAGCCCCCCCCACCUAAUCCAUAGAAAGUGAUGUCUUGCCCCCUCUCCUUGGAAUUUGUUUUUGUUUUGUUUUCGUUCUUGGAAAUAAUAUUUUUUUAAACGUUGCCUUAUUGUGGAGCGGGAAUCUGAAAUAAAACCCAAAUGCCUGCUUUCCUCGGUGGAGUCGACCCCGAAGAGCGUCCCACCUUCUCUGGAUGUGCCUGGGCUUGGACUGGCUAGAAUCUUUCUCUGGACUGAGUUGCAUGUACAGCGCCUCCCGCCCGGAGGCGAGAGAGUUGGGGUGGUUCGUAGCCGAGCCAUCUCCCCCUCCCCCUCCCCCUCCCCCGCCGUUGCAUCGUUUGAAGCUGACGUCCCCUGUCUGUACACUGCUGCCACUGUCGAGUCCUCGCGCUGCUUGCUGUCGCCUCGCGCCAGGCCUGUCCUGCCGUG